CCGGCCGCCGCCUCCUCCCCCCGUCCGUCGGUCCGUCCGUCCCUCCCUCCGUCCCUCCCGCCGAGCCCGGUCCGUCGCCUCGAGCAUGCACCCGACCAGCUAGGAGGAAGCCGGGAGCCCCGCAGGAAGCGCCGCCCGGCCGCGCCGCCCCGCCCGCUCGCGGGACCCUCUCCUGCGGGGCGCCCCCCAUCCCACACCCCCCCACCUUCCCGGGGGGUGGGGGGGUGCGGGUUGCCGGAUCCGGGGGCCCCGCCGCCCCAGACGCCCAGGACAGCCCCCUUUCCCUGCCUCCCGCCCCCUCCCCCGGCCCGGCCAUGGAUCUGACCAGCAGCUCGGGCGGCGGCGGCGACCCCAGGCAGAUCGAGGAGACCAAGCCUUUGCUGGGGGGCGACGUGUCGGCCCCCGAGGGCACGAAGAUGGGCGCCGUGCCCUGCCGCCGGGCCCUGCUGCUCUGCAACGGGAUGAGGUACAAACUGCUGCAGGAGGGCGACAUCCAGGUCUGUGUCAUCCGGCACCCGCGGACCUUUCUCAGCAAGAUCCUCACCUCGAAAUUCCUGAGGCGCUGGGAGCCGCACCACCUAACGCUGGCCGACAACAGCCUGGCGUCCGCCACGCCAACUGGGUACAUGGAAAACUCAGUUUCCUACAGUGCUAUUGAAGACGUUCAGCUGCUGUCCUGGGAGAAUGCUCCGAAGUACUGUUUACAGCUCACCAUUCCUGGGGGAACUGUCUUACUGCAGGCCGCCAACAGCUACCUGCGAGACCAGUGGUUCCAUUCUCUGCAGUGGAAGAAAAAGAUUUACAAAUACAAGAAAGUCUUGAGUAACCCGAGCCGUUGGGAAGUCGUCUUGAAAGAGAUCCGCACUCUGGUGGACAUGGCGCUGACAUCCCCCCUGCAGGAUGACUCCAUCAACCAGGCCCCUCUGGAAAUUGUCUCCAAACUGCUCUCAGAGAACACGAACUUGACUACCCAAGAGCACGAAAACAUCAUUGUGGCCAUCGCUCCUUUGCUGGAAAACAACCAUCCACCACCAGACCUCUGUGAAUUCUUCUGCAAGCACUGCAGAGAGCGGCCCCGGUCCAUGGUAGUCAUUGAAGUGUUCACCCCCGUGGUCCAGAGAAUCCUCAAGCAUAACAUGGACUUUGGGAAGUGCCCGCGACUGAGGCUGUUUACUCAGGAGUACAUCCUUGCCUUGAAUGAGCUCAAUGCGGGGAUGGAAGUGGUGAAGAAGUUCAUUCAGAGCAUGCAUGGCCCCACGGGGCACUGUCCCCACCCCCGGGUGCUGCCCAACUUGGUGGCAGUGUGCCUGGCCGCCAUCUAUUCCUGCUAUGAAGAGUUCAUCAACAGCCGUGACAACUCCCCCAGCCUGAAGGAGAUCCGGAAUGGCUGCCAGCAGCCAUGCGACCGGAAGCCCACCUUACCCCUGCGCCUUCUGCACCCCAGCCCGGACUUGGUGUCUCAGGAAGCCACGCUGUCCGAGGCGCGCCUCAAGUCGGUGGUUGUGGCCUCCAGCGAGAUCCAUGUGGAGGUGGAGCGUACAAGCACUGCCACGCCGGCGCUGACAGCCAGCACAGGCAAUGACAGCGAGCCCAACCUCAUCGACUGCCUCAUGGUCAGCCCCGCCUGCAGCACCAUGAGCAUCGAGCUGGGCCCCCAGGCUGACCGCACGCUCGGCUGCUACGUGGAGAUCCUCAAGCUGCUGUCGGACUACGACGACUGGAGACCAUCUCUGGCUAGCUUGCUUCAACCCAUUCCAUUCCCCAAAGAAGCUCUCGCACACGAGAAGUUCACCCAGGAACUGAAGUAUGUGAUCCAGAGGUUCGCAGAAGACCCACGGCAGGAGGUCCACUCGUGCCUGCUGAGCGUGCGGGCCGGUAAAGAUGGCUGGUUCCAGCUCUAUAGCCCUGGGGGGGUAGCCUGUGAUGAUGACGGGGAACUGUUUGCCAGCAUGGUGCAUAUCCUCAUGGGCUCCUGUUACAAGACCAAAAAGUUCCUGCUGUCCCUGGCAGAGAACAAGCUGGGGCCCUGCAUGCUCCUGGCGCUGCGAGGGAACCAGACCAUGGUGGAGAUCCUGUGCCUGAUGCUGGAAUACAACAUCAUCGACAACAAUGACACCCAACUGCAGAUCAUCUCAACCCUGGAGAGCACGGAUGUGGGCAAGCGCAUGUACGAGCAGCUGUGCGAGCGGCAGCGGGAGCUGAAGGAGCUGCAAAGGAAAGGUGGACCUACCAGGCUAACACUGCCCUCCAAGUCCACAGACGCUGACUUGGCUCGUUUGCUGAGCUCUGGCUCCUUCGGAAACCUGGAGAACCUCAGUUUGGCCUUCACCAAUGUAACCAGUGCCUGUGCUGAGCACCUCAUCAAACUGCCUUCUCUCAAGCAGCUGAACCUGUGGUCCACCCAGUUUGGAGACGCCGGCCUGCGGCUCUUGUCGGAACACCUCACCAUGCUCCAGGUGCUGAACCUGUGCGAGACCCCUGUCACUGACGCUGGCCUGCUGGCCCUCAGCUCCAUGAAGAGUCUGUGCAGUCUAAACAUGAACAGCACCAAGCUCUCGGCCGACACCUACGAAGAUCUGAAGGCCAAGCUGCCCAACCUGAAGGAGGUGGACGUCCGCUACACUGAGGCCUGGUGAACCCGUGGCCACACAGGAGGAUUCUGCAAAUGCAACAAAACAACUUGACUUACAGCCGUAGACCAGCCGUCCCUGGGGUCCCACCUCAGUGUCCUGGCUGAGAAAUAGAUGGGGGAGUCUAUUUGGGGGCGGAGGGAGGAGGGUGGGAGGGGGUUCCAGAAGCACGCCCAGCCCCCACCUAAAUCUUUUAGCUUCGUAAUUGGAAACCUUGACCUGAUCUAAAAUGGACUUUGUAGCAACAAGAAGAAUAUCAGAGGGGUUAGGGAGGGGUGGGGGUGGGGGGCCUGGGGGGAGAGCCUUUGUGGAUUUUCUUUGCCUUUGUGUUUAAUGCCGUGUGGGAAAAGUCACCUCCAAUGCCACCGUCACCGUGAUCCUGACCGGCCUGGGGGCUGGACCAAGGAUGCUUCUUUCUCUGUGGCUUUGAGCAGAGAGCCCGCCCCCGCCACUGGGACAAGCAGACCCGGUCAUGUCAUUGCACCCGUCCUGUGUCCUGACCAUUGCUAUGCAAAGUGAUUUCUGUUGUACAUAAGAUUUAAAUAAUGCACCUAUUUAAGAAAUGUUGACAAAUUGCGGGUCUGGGACCUGCCUCUUAUUUAUGAAGUCUCUGGCCCCCUCUCUCUCCCGCCCCACUUGGCGUGUAGUACUGUACAAACCAGUCAGCUGUUGGGUUAGUGGUAGUAUUUUUGUUAUUUUUUUUAAAGGAAGCAAACAGACAAAAAAGGAAAAAAAAAAAACUCUUUGGAAAAUUAUUUGCUUUUUUUGUAAUGGAUUCUGUAUGCUAAUGCUCUCUCGUCAGGCUGUCUGUCUGUCUGCCCACCCGCCCCUGUGCGUGUCUGAUUCCCAGAUGUCUCUGACUUUGUCACGGGGUGGGGGUCAGGUUGGGGGAAGAGGAAGGAGUGGAGUCCCCAUAUUAUAGUGUUGCUCCUCCAAGACCCCAAGCUCUCUCUCUCGGCCCCCUUUUACAGAUUUUGGGGGGGGUGCUAACCUGUCCUCCCUGUUCUGCCCCCAUAGAAGAGCUGUCCCCGCCCCCACCCCAUGACCCUGUGUCUCUGCUGGCCCCAUGGCCCUCGCCCUUGUGUACGUCGCGUGGUCCCCUUCCUCAUGCAUGCUGCCUCUUGCAUGGUCUCUUGGGAGAAGAGAGAUACGUUGCCUCCACCAGCCUGACUGCCCACCCCCCUCCACCCCUGAAAUGUGACCACUGCAACGUAGCCGCUCCUGUCCCCCCUCCCCCCCCCCACCGCUCCGACGACAAACCGAUCUCCGUUUCUUUUGUAAACUUUCGGCUUUUCUUAACAAGCCCUCCCUGUACAGAACAGCCCCUUUACGGUUGAUUUGGAGCCCCCUCCCCCAGGCCCCUUUUCUGUUCGUUUAGCACAAAUACUUCCCCCUCCAGCACCUCCAGUCCUAACCCACAGCCAGUGUAAUUGUUUUAUAUAUAUUUAAUCUGAUUCAAUGGAAACCAUGCUUUGGUCGUUUUAUACUUUGCUAGGUAGACUUUAUUACCCCCCUACUAGACCCUCAUUUUUUUAAAAAAGGAAAAAAAAAAGACAUUGGGUUUCAGUCUUAAUUCAUUUUCCCGUGCCAGGUUUUAUUUUGUGUGUGUGCGUGAGUGUGUUUUGUUUUGUGUUUUGUUAUUUUUGUUGUUGUUUUCUGUUGUUUGGUUUUAUUCCCCGCCCCACCCUUCCAGUCCCAUACUUUACAGCACUCUGGUGCAGGAAGAAGCAGAAGCAAAAAAAAAAAAAAUUAAAAAUUAAAAAAGAAAAAAAAAAAGAAACAAGACAUGCCACCUUUCCCUGCGCACUGUUGCUUUUCCUGAUGGUUAAUACUACUGUCACGUAGCUGUGUACAAAGAGAUGUGAAAUACUUUCAGGCAAAAAUAAACUGUAAGUGACUCAUUGA